UCCUGCGUUGUUAGAAGGAGUUUACAGGCAGUCUGUUACAAAUUACAGCAGUGCCUGCCGCAUAGUUGAGGAACAGAAACGUGAUUAUGAAAGUUAUUUAUGCUCCCUGCUGCUCCCUGCAGAAUCCCGAAGCUCUGCUUUUGCACUGAGGGCCUUCAAUGUGGAACUGGCCCAGGCUGGUAUAAGAUUCCUUAAGUUGUUACUUGUGAAGGACUCAGUUUCUGAGAAAACAAUCGGACUGAUGCGAAUGCAGUUUUGGAGAAAAGCCGUAGAAGAUAUAUACUGUGACAACCCACCACAUCAGCCUGUGGCCAUUGAACUGUGGAAGGCUGUCAGAAGACACAAUCUGACUAAAAGAUGGCUUAUGAAAAUUAUUGAUGAACGAGAAAAAAAUUUGGAUGACAAAGCAUAUCGUAAUAUCCAGGAACUUGAAAAUUAUGCCGAAAACACACAGAGCUCUCUCUUGUAUUUAACACUGGAAAUAUUGGGUAUAAAGGAUCUCCAUGCAGAUCAUGCUGCAAGUCACAUAGGAAAAGCACAAGGCAUCGUCACUUGCUUGAGAGCAACGCCCUACCAUGGUGGCAGAAGAAAAGUGUUCCUUCCCAUGGACAUUUGUAUGCUGCAUGGUGUUUCACAAGAGGACUUUUUAAGAAGAAAUCAAGAUAAAAAUGUGAGAGAUGUGAUAUAUGAUAUUGCCAGCCAGGCACACUUGCACUUAGAACAUGCGAGGUCCUUCCACAAAAGUGUUCCUGUGAAAGCAUUUCCUGCCUUUCUUCAGACGGUUUCCCUAGAGGAUUAUUUAAAGAAAAUUCAACGAGUGGAUUUUGAUAUAUUCCACCCAUCUUUACAGCAGAAGAAUACAUUACUUCCCUUAUCUUUAUAUAUUCAAUCAUGGCGAAAAAGAUAUUAAAAUAACUUCCUGAUACUGGUACUAAUUUACUUUGAAUUUAU